GCCCCCUCCUCAGCAGACACGAUGUUCUGUAGCAGCCGGCGAGAAGCCGCUUCCUCCCGCAGCUGCUAGGACAGAGUCCGCCUGCUGCUGAAAGACAGACAGGCAGCAGGUCAGACAGACAGGCAGCAGGUCAGACAGACAGGCAGCAGGUCAGACUGACAGGUCUCCGUGUCUCCCGGCAGCCAGCGCCUCUCUUUGUGCGGAGCCGCUGAUGGAUCCGUUUGAUCCCGCAGGAGGACAUAAGGACAGAGGACAGACACAUGGACAGGCGGACGGUCACGCAGUGUCGCCAUGAGUGAAGGCACGCGCCGCGGGACUGACGGACACACGCUCAGGAUCAGCGACCAGUCUGUUUGUCCAGGAUAGAGGCGGAGCCACCUCAGCUGUAUGCUCCGCCCUGCAGGUAGCCCUGUGCUGAGAGGCAGCUCGUGAUUGGUGGUUGCCAUGGUACCCAGGCCAUCCUCAGGGGAACUAUGGGGGCUUCACCUGAUGCCCCCUCGGAUCCUGGUGGACUGCUGCCUCCCCAACGGUAUGAUGGUGAGUCUGGACUGUCUCAGAGAAACUCCCCUCAUCAGCAUCAAGCAGCAGCUAUUUGUUGAAGCCAGGAAGUUCCCGCUCUACCACCUGCUGCAGGAGGAGUCAUGCUACAUCUUUGUGGGCGUGACCCAGGAGGCAGAGAGGGAGGAGUUUUACGACGAGACGCGGCGUCUGUGUGACCUUCGUCUGUUUCACCCCAUCCUGAAGGUCAUCGAGCCACUGGGAAACCGUGAGGAGAAGAUCCUGAACCGAGAGAUUGGGUUUGCUAUUGGGAUGCCAGUGUGUGAGUUUGAGAUGAUGAAGGACUCGGAGGUCCAGGACUUCCGCCGCUCCAUACUGAGCGUGUGCAGAGAGGCUAUGGAGGAGCGAGAAGGGGGCGGAGCCCACAGCCAGGCACUUUAUGUUUACCCCCCCAACGUGGAGUCCAGUCCCCACCUACCCCAACACAUCUACAGCAAGCUGGACAAAGGCCGGCUGAUUGUGACCAUCUGGGUGAUCGUUUCUCCGUCGAACUCUAAGCAGAAGUACACCUUGAAGGUGAGUCAUGACAGUUUACCUGAGCAGCUGAUCGCCGAGUCCAUCAGGAAGAAGACCCGAUCGAUGCACCUGUCCCCUCAGCAGCUCCGCCUGUGUGUGCAGGAGUACCAGGGCCAGUACAUCCUCAAGGUGUGUGGCUGUGACGAGUACCUGCUGGAGAAGUUUCCUCUCAGUCAGUACAAGUACAUCCGUUCAUGCAUUGUUGUGGGACGUCUCCCUCACCUGAUGCUUGUGUCCAAAGAUAGUCUCUACUCUCAGCUUCCUGCCUCCGGCUACAUCACACCGUCCUACAGCCGAAGGACGCCCCAGCCGUCUCCUUGUCCAGGAGGAGGUGAUGGCUCUCCUCCUCGCUCCCUGUGGGCCUUCAACACUCUGCUGAGGGUGCGGCUGCUCUGUGCCACCUACAUCAACGUCAACAUCCGGGACAUUGACAAGAUCUAUGUGAGGACUGGUAUCUACCAUGGGGGAGAACCGAUGUGUGACAAUGUGAACACCCAGAGAGUUCCCUGCUCCCACCCCAGGUGGAACGAGUGGCUGACCUAUGACCUCUACCUGGCGGACCUUCCCCGCUCAGCCAGACUCUGCUUGUCCAUCUGCUCUGUGAAAGGAAGAAAAGGAGCCAAGGAGGAGCACUGUCCUUUAGCCUGGGGGAACGUUAACCUGUUUGACUACAAGGACAUACUGGUCUGUGGGAAGGUAGCUCUGAGUCUCUGGCCCGUCCCCCAUGGGCUGGAAGACCUGUUGAACCCCAUCGGAGUUGCUGGUUCAAAUCCCAACAAGGAGACUCCUUGUGUGGAGCUGGAGUUCUCCUGGUUCAACCAAAUGGUCGUGUUUCCUGAUGAGCAGCAGAUAGAAGAGCACGCCAACUGGACCAUCAGCAGAGAGCUGGGCUACAGCUACUGCCACGGACUGAGCAGUCGUCUGGCCUGUGACAGCACCGUUUCAGCAUCCGAUGCAGAACAGCUUCGUUCUCUUUGCUCCAAAGAUCCUCUGUACGAGCUGUCAGAGCAGGAGAAGGACUUCCUCUGGAGACACAGACAUUACUGUAUAAACAUUCCAGAGUCUCUUCCUAAACUUCUUCUGUCAGUCAAAUGGAACUCCAGGGAUGAGGUGUCACAGAUGUAUUGUUUGCUGAAGGAGUGGCCUUUGAUGGAGUCGGAGUCAGCUCUAGAGCUGCUGGAUUGUAAUUUCCCUGAUCCGAUGGUCCGAGAGUUUGCUCUGCGCUGCCUGGUGCAGGGACUGACCGACGACAAGCUGUCCCAGUACCUGCUGCAGCUCGUACAGGUGUUAAAGUAUGAAAUGUACCUGGACAAUCCUCUAGCUCGAUUCCUCAUCAAGAAAGCUCUGACCAAUCAGAGGAUAGGACACUUCUUCUUCUGGCACCUGAAAUCAGAAAUGCACAACAAGACCGUUUCUAGACGCUUCGGUUUGCUGCUGGAGGCUUUCUGCAGAGCCUGCGGGAUGUACUUAAAACAUCUGAACAGACAGGUGGAGGCCAUGGAUAAACUGGUGAACCUGACUGACACGCUGAAGCAGGAGAAGAAAGAUGAGACCCAGAAGGUGCAGAUGAAGUUCCUGGUUGAGCACAUGUCUCGUCCAGACUACAUGGAGUCUCUGCAGGGAUUCGUCUCUCCACUGAACCCAGUUCACCAACUGGGAAACCUCAGGCUGGAGGAGUGCAGGAUCAUGUCCUCGGCGAAGCGCCCCCUGUGGCUGAACUGGGAGAACCCCGACAUCAUGUCUGAGCUGCUCUUCACCAAUAACGAGAUCAUCUUCAAGAACGGAGAUGACCUACGUCAGGACAUGCUGACUCUGCAGAUCAUUAAGAUCAUGGAAAACAUCUGGCAGAACCAGGGCCUGGACCUGCGCAUGUUGCCGUAUGGAUGCCUGUCCAUCGGUGACUGUGUGGGUCUUAUUGAGGUGGUCAAGAACAGCUUCACCAUCAUGCAGAUCCAGUGUAAAGGAGGCCUGAAGGGGGCGCUGCAAUUUAACUCCAACACACUUCACCACUGGAUCAAAGACAAGAACCGCGGAGAGGGGUAUGACAGAGCCAUUGACCUGUUCACCAGGUCGUGUGCAGGUUAUUGUGUCGCCACGUUCAUCCUGGGAAUCGGAGACCGUCACAACUCCAACAUCAUGGUGAAAGAGAAUGGCCAGCUGUUCCACAUUGACUUUGGUCACUUCCUGGAUCAUAAGAAGAAGAAGUUUGGCUACAAAAGGGAGCGGGUUCCCUUUGUCCUGACUCAGGACUUCCUCAUCGUCAUCAGUAAAGGAGUUCAGGAGUCCACCAAGACGAAGGAGUUUGAGAGGUUCCAGGAGAUGUGCUACAAGGCUUACCUGGCUAUCCGACAGCACGCCAGCUUGUUCAUCAACCUCUUCUCCCUCCUCCUGGGCUGUGGGAUGCCUGAGCUGCAGACUUUUGAUGACAUUGCCUACCUGAGGAAGACGCUCGCCUUAGAGAAGAGCCAGCAGGAGGCGCUGGAGUACUUCACCAAGCAGAUGAACGACGCUCAUCAUGGAGGAUGGAGCACCAAGAUGGACUGGAUCUUCCACACCAUCAGACACAUGCCCAAUGAGCACUGACACACACUUCCUUCAUCAGUGACCAUGUUGGAUGACGGUGAAUAUCAUGAAGAAGAUGAACAUCAAACCAUCUUGUUGGUGGGAUGGUCGCUAUAGCAACACUAACUCGGGGUCACAGGAGUCUUCAAGGAGGCCAAAGGAUAGUUUAAAAUGAAGGUGAUGAUGUCAUCAUGUCUUCCAUGCUACUGUUAGCUCUGCUAGCUGCUUUAUUCACAAACGGAGGUUAACAGUAAUAGCGUAGCAAACAUUUGAAUCAAACUUUAUUGACUGUUUUAAAAGAUUGAAUUGAAGCAGCUUUAUUAAAACCAGCUAAGUGAGCACUGCAGUCACUGUGAGAGCAAUAAAACCUGAUCAAUACGUUUAUGACAAUCAGGAGUUCUGACCAACCAGAAGGUGGAGAUGAUCACCUGUGGGCGGAGCUAAGAUUUGUGUUCUAAAGUCUGAUUCUAGUUUAAACUCCACUUUACUCUUUUUGGAUAUUUAGAUUUCGUGUUAUGGUUGGAAUGACUUCAACAUUGUACUGAAGCAUGAGUCCUUCAACUCUUGGAACAUUUAAAGGGAUAUUCCACCCUUUGAUGUGUGUGAACGUGUGUUUUUAUGGCGGUUUGCCAACAACGUGCUGAGCUUCGUCAUAAAGUAGUCCAAGGUCCAAAAUGGCGCCUGUGAUUCCUUCAUGUUACCAAUUAUUUUCACCCGCAGUUUGUCUGAUUGUUUAGGUCACCAAGCAGGACUGAGAUCACUACUGAAAGAGUUUAAGGACUCACAAUGCUAGCUGGUCCCAUUCACUUACUGUGUUUUAUGCUAAGCUAAAGCUAAAGGAGUGCAGCCAGGUCAGGAGAACGACUGGGCUGCCUAAAAAUAGUUUCUUUUUCCUACUUUUCUAACUCUGGGAAAUACGUCAACAGAGUUUUCAGGAAUCGGUGGAAUAUACCUUUAACAUUUGAGCCCGUUUUAAUUUGUUUUUGUGCCCUUUGGUUCAUAUUUGAAGUUCAACCUUUCAUAAACAUUGUGUAACUUUUCUGUCACUGAACGUUGAUUUAAAGAGUAAAAGUCUGUCGGUGUAUGAAGUAAAAUCACUGAAUCUGUACCAAACCCAAACGGGUUUCAUUGUGAACUGGUGCUAAAAAAAAUAAACAGAACAGAAAUAAACCAACGUGGUCCGUUUUGACCACACUGAUCA